UCCGGUCGCCAGCUGAACGUAAUGGCAUAUGUGCUGGUGUGUUGUUGAGGAACGGUAUCCUUCUGGUUCCCAUUAGAAUGCUUUAACCAGCCGCACGGCUGUGCUUCUGCGGACGUUACCGGUUCCGCUGGACCCUCCGGGCCUCCGUGAGUAACGCGAACAUUGUUCCGUGUUCGAGAAUCCCACAGCUUCAACUAACGGUGCUAAUGACUGUGAUGUAGCUAUACCUGUUUCCUGGCGGAGUUUGCCUGGUAUCUCUACCUAGUGACAGAACCUUUGACUUUUUCAUUUCUCUCGCCACCUGACUAUUCCAGCCCCUGCACCACCUUUUAUUAAAGGCAGCCAUGCUGGAUGCUGCUGAAUAACGAGUAGCAUUGGGGGGAAAACUCAAGUUUUUCUAAACUCCCUUUAAAAGACUGCCAUGUUUUGUGGUAGAAUGAGAAACUGAGCAGGGGUAAAGUGGAAAGCAAGUGAGACUGAAGGUGCCAGAGUGUUUGUGUUGGUGACAGAAAAGAAGAGCCAUCCUUUCAGAAGGUUGGCGGCACCUGAGGCAGCCAGGCCCUGAGGAUGACGAGCCUGUUUAAGCGCAGCAGCAGCAAUGGAGGCUCCGGAAGCAGUGGAAGUGGUGGUGGUGGUGGGGGCGGCGGCGGCGGAGGAGGAGGAGGAGGGCAGGGGCAGCUCAACAACAGCAGACCCAACCGGCAGGUCCGACGCCUGGAGUUCAACCAGGCCAUGGAAGACUUCAAGACCAUGUUCCCCUCUAUGGACUAUGAGGUGAUUGAGUGCGUGCUGCGCUCCAACAAUGGAGCGGUGGACGCCACUAUCGACCAGCUGCUCCAGAUGAGCAUUGACGGACAGGGCUCAGAUGACAGCUCCGACUCUGAUGACAGCAUUCCACCAGAGAUUCUGGAGCGAACACUGGAACCUGACAGCUCAGAUGAGGAACCGCCUCCAGUCUACUCCCCACCAACGUAUGAUAUGCACAUUUAUGACAGGAAAUACCCUGAAGCCCCACCAACACCCCCGCCAAGAUUUGAAGCCCAGCUACCACCAGGUCACCAGCAGGUCAGAAGCUACCGGAACUGGAACCCUCCUUUACUUGGAAAUCUCCCCGAUGAUUUUCUGCGGAUCCUGCCACAGCAGUUGGACAGUAUAAAGCAGAGCUCUCAGAGCAGUCUAUCCCAGCCUUCAUCGUCAUCGUCUUCCUCCGUUUCUUCAAUAAGCCAAUGGACAGCCCAGUCAGGUUCUCAGUCUGGAGCCGCAGGGACCUCUGGCAGUCUAGGUUUGACAACAGGAGCCACAGAGCAAGACAAGAAACUGAAGCAGUACCUGGAGGACGAGCGCAUUGCCCUGUUCCUUCAGAACGAGGAGUUCAUGAGAGAGCUGCAGCGCAACCGCGAGUUCCUCAUCGCCUUAGAGAGAGAUCGCUUGAAGUAUGAAUCAAAGAAAUCAAAGUCCACUCAUUCAUCUAGUAUGGAGAAUUCCACAGGAGAACAGUACUCUGCGGCUUCAAUGGAGGCAGUCUCAGAUGACGCCCUGUUCAGAGACAAACUCAAACACAUGGGUAAAUCAACAAGAAAGAAGCUGUUUGAAAUUGCCAGAUCAUUCUCAGAAAAGACUAAGCGGAGAAAGUCAAAAAGGAAGCUGCUCCUGAAGCACCAUUCAUUGGGCACAGCCAACUCUACAGCCAAUCUCCUCGACGAUGUAGAGGGAAACCCCUGCGAGGAAGACGGUCAGCCCAGAAGAGCUAACACUCAGGAAGAAAAUGAGCAGCGCAAUGAGCCAAUAUUAUGAUCCUCCUCUGCUGCACUAUAUCAGGGUUACCAUGGCGAAGGCAGCAGGACUCAUGGGUGGUGGCCUUGCAGCUCUUCCUGUCUCCACUUGCUCACCCCACCCUAAUCCAAACCAGCCAAUGUAAGGCUCAGCAAUGAGACCCCCUCCUCCCCAGGGAAAGGAGCUGGACUGUUCCCAGCACUGGCCUGACUGUCUAUAAAAGCAUUAUCUCUGUAUUAUAACACUUUGUUAAUAUAUAUCUUUUUAAAUGUAAAGAAAAAUGCAUAAGUCCUUACCAGUAUUGUUAACUGCUUCCUUUAAUCCACUGAGAGGACCACUAGAGUAGUGAUGAUCUUGCCAUAUGGACUUUUAUUACUUUUCCAGACUGUAUUCUGAUUGGUGCCCCUCAGGCUUGGCAUUUCAGACCCUUUCUAUACACUUAACCAUGUAGAGCUUUUUUACCAUGUUUUCUUAUCAGAUUGUAAUAAUCUGCUGUUUUUCAAAGUCAGGGGUUGUGUAACUGAAUUUCCUAUGUGUCAGAAUAUUUAAUGUGGCCAUUAAAGUUGUUGCUGUCCCAAUGUCAACACUUGGCCAUUCUAACCAGUUGAUCAAAAGGACUGUGUUAUUAGAAAGCAUGUUUGGAGCAGUUUAUUAGUUUACUUUGUUUGGCAAGGUGAAAACGGUGUCAUUAGAUCUAUUAUAGAGCCAUUAACAGCACAGCUGUCAGAAUAUCAAACCAGAAUCACGGAUGAUAAGCAAACAUGGGCAUCACAUGAAUGAUCACGUGAGUUAUAUACAUAAUGCUACGAAACGUGAUGCAGCAUAUGGUUGUCAUACCAGCAGACUUAUUAAAUAAAUCCAUUCCUUCAGUUGCUCUCCCACACAGCAAUAACAUGACUUUAAUGAAAAUGAAUCCGAGCAUGAUGCCUUCCUCUGCUUUUAAUAUUGUGGUGGCUGCAAUUUGUUAUUGGAGCAAACCAGCAGUGUCCUAGAAGGUAAAAACAGACCCAAUUACUGUUAACAGAGGCAAGGUUAAAACGGAAUUGGGCACUCCAAUUCCAGAUGUCAAUAUCUACCUCCUCCUACCCAUAAUACCUUGCAUGUUUUAGGUCAUGUCCUAUUGGUUUGGAAUACGUUUUCAGUUCUGCCACAUCCAGAGCUGAGACAGCGCAAUGCGUCGUGCUCUGAUUACCAGGGCCACAGGAGGGAAAACACUCAGCGCCACAUUAGAACACUAAGUGCUGAAAUGCCUGUAGCUAGCUACAACAUUAGAUUUCCGCAUGUCACAGGCUUAUUUUAGCACCUCAUGUCUUCCAGGGGUGCAGUUGAAAACUCUAACAAAUAUGGGACAAGUAAGCAAGCUAAUGUAGUUGAAUAAGCACUUGCCAACAUAAUAGUGCAUAGCUUUUUAAUUUAUCCAUAUUACACCAUAACACAAUUUGUAUACUGUCAUAAUGAUUUGGCUGAACUACAGAAAUUAAGUUAAAACUGACAUUUGGGCAGCUUUUCAGGAUCCCACAGUUUUCUCAUUCUUCCUGCUGAUGCCUCACUUUUGCCUUUUUGGUUUGGCAGCUUAUAAAAACUUUGUUCUGGAUUCUUUGAUGUGUUGCUAGUGCAUUGACCCACAUACCAGCUAUUAGGUAUUUAUCUUUUGUUUUCCAGCGAAAGUGACAAGGAGGCACCUUAACACAAUAAAAAGGCGACCGAAAGCGAUCACUUGUUUUCCCUUCCAGUGUGGGCGGGACUGUGGCUUAGACUUGCAUUUCUGGGCCUCCCUGUAAUUUUUCUUUUCGUGGAACGGCGUUGAUCUCACCUCACCUAUUGAACCAAACAUGCUUGGAGUGAGCAUGCCCGUAGAGCUCCAUUCACUACUUCACUAAACUUUGCUAAUAUUCUGCCAGAACUCUUGCACUAAACCGAAGAGAUGUUUGCAAGAUGUUAUGGAAAUAUGAAAUAUCACCUACUUUGCCAUAUCUCAGAUUGUCCUUGUAGCAAGUUAUGUCUUUGUUGAUCUCAUCUCCUUGAGUAAGCAUUUUCUAAAUACCAGUGUUGAUACUGUUAACAAUGGCAUCAUGUUUGGACAUGAGAGAAUUCAUUGUAUUGAUUUCCACAUGAAUGAUGGAUAUGUCUGUUUGGGAGGAUAAAACAUCUGAAACGCUAUUGGAUGAUCACCCUGUGAAGACUCAUUCUGAUAGGAUGCAGACCCUUUCUACUGCUCCUUCCAUUCGUAUGUGUAGAUGUGAAACUAGCAUGGAUUAAACAAGUAGUUAAAGUCUGAUGUAGCCUGUGUGAACAGAAGGUGUAAGGAGAGGAUAGAACAUCAGUGUUUUUCUUUCUCCCUUUUGUGCAUAAAAUGUUUCUUAACACUUCAGAAAAUCCCCACAAAAGAUCCCUUCUGGAUUGUUUUCUCCAUGUUGUGUGAGUGUUAUCUAUUACUUAACUAUCCCCUUUGAUUAAACUUCUUAAAUGUGCUAUUUGCUUGUUUAGUGAUGAACAAAGCUUGGAUAUACAGUAUAUGACAGUGAUUUUAGAUAAGGAAUUUGUUAAAAGGGCCACUCCAGUGUUUUAAUGCACAUUUACUAGAAGUCAUACAUGACAUAACUUUUAAAGCAACACUAUAUGAAAAGUAUCACUUGUAGUGACAAACUCACAGACUUUUCACCUCAGUUCGUUGAGCUUUUUGUCUUCGUCCGCUCGUUGGAGCAGCAGUUUUCAGUGGAACAGCUCUGCUAAAGCCACUGAACUCGACCUGCCCAGCACCAAACCGCACACGGGACAGUGAGAACCUAGCAGGGGAACAUAGAGGAACAUCGAGCAGCUAAAAAGUCACAUUUUUCUCCCAGUGGUCACAGUUCUGCUGCUGUCAGGUGGCCAAAAAAGAAAUGAAUGCAGCUUAAAUGAAUGGGCUGGAUGCACAAACACUGGUUAGUAGUCAUGUAGCUGGGUUGAAAGGUCAUCAGGUUCAGGUGUUAUAUUCUAAGGGACGUUCAUAUGUAGAAGUCCUGCUCUCCAGCUUUAAGGGACAAAUCCCUAAAUGACCCCAUCAUCAGAAUGAGGUGAAACAUUCACUCAUGACUCAUCAUUUCAGAUUAUUUACUGAUGUCAACUUUAAAGUCCAGUUUGACCAGCUUGUUUGAAAGUUAUACUUUAAUGGAGAACUCUGCAAGUUUACCCUUGUCUCAAAGUGAAAUGAAUUCAUAUUAAAAGUAUCUAAAAAUGAUUGACCUUUAUUUUUUGGGUGGAAUGUGAUUUGCAUAAUGGACCUUUUGAAAACAUCUGACACUCCAUCAGUGUAUUAAGAUCAAUAAAGAAAUCAGUUCAAAUUGAUCUAGUGAUUUCAGAAUGAAGACAAAAAAAACGAUGUCAUUCUCAGACAGAAGCCAGUCAACAUGAGUCACAGGAAGCAUUAAUGGAUGACGGGCUGUUGUUUUUAGUCCAUGACCUUUCACCCAGCCACCUCAACAAUCCAGAACCACAAUAGUGCCCAAAACUUACAUAUCCUUAGUCCAUAAUACUAUGAAAGGAAAAAGGAUCAAAGACAUGGAAUCAGUUUUUCAGGGUCUUGGAUACUGUGAUGGUUGUCUAUUGAACUGUUUCUAAUGAGCUGACUCCACAGUUGAUUCAGGCAGCAUUUGUCUGUGUACUUUUUGCUGUGGUGUGUCAGUGGGUUGAUGUUUGAUUCUUCUUUUAGGAAACUUAAAUUGAUGUCUUCUCCUCUCAGGGACCCCGAACCCCCCCCCCUUUAAUUCUCCUCCGUUUUGAUUUUAAUGCACCAUACAAGCACAAAUACUCCAAACAGGAGUAGAGGUUAUCAUCAUUAGGACUCUUGAGUAUCAUUCAGAGCUGUCAAUUAUAACAAAGAAAAUAAUUUAAAGCAACAGUCAAUUUGAAAAAUUAUUAAUAUUGCUCAUUCCACUUUCUCUUUAAUCACUGCACUUCCAUAAUCCCAAUUGGUCUUCCAGAAACACUUCAUUUCAUAGAUCUCGUCAUUUGAUGCAGCACUAACAGAAAAUCCAAUGUCACCAGUAAGGAAUACAGAAGUAGCUCACACACAGAAAUGUGCAAUGCUCUUCAUGUUCCAGGAUUCAUUUUGUUAUCUGGAUGUGAAGUCCAUAUGAUUCUGUAGAACUGAUCAGAUAAAGUGUAGAUCACAUGAUGCCACGUAAACUACAGCCACACAAUAUGUUGUAGUUUGAGGUCAUAACAUUGUCAGAAACCAAUAAAAUCGUAGUUUUUGUUAGGUAUGUAUGUUUGAUUAAGUAUUCACAGUUUCCAUUUCAUUUUCUUUCUAUUUUACAUACACCCUUUUAUUUAAAAAUGUGUUUGAAGAUGUGAUUUUGAGUUCAUAAACUGAAUACACAUCUUUAAAUGUAAAAAUAUAAAAAUGCUUCCUUGAACUGAUUUUUCCAAUUCAUUUAAAUGUUAUGUUUCAAUAUGUAAUAAAUAAAUAUUUUUUAAUUUUAGUUAAGUAUACACUCAACCUGACUCCUCAUAAAUGAGUCCGGUUUAUGACAAGUGCUAGAAAUCAUGGAAAGUGUAAGAUGCUGUAAGGGGGGAUUUUUUUUCAGUAUGUAUGCACACCCACAUUCUCGAGUGAAUCAUUCAAGCUGGUUAGCAAAGAGAACUUCUGUUGAGGAGAACCGAGCAGCUGGAUCACCAACGGCUGCUCAGAGAAACACUAACUUCAUGAAUGUACAUGAUCUGCCGUGGAGCCAUUUAGCAACAUGCUCAUUGUUUACAGUGAUAUGAUUUCUAAAGAAUGUAUGCCAUAUCCGCACAGCAGAAACCACAUCCAGGGCUAGACACGUUCCAAACCUUUAACACCGAGCUCACCUCUUCAUGUUACUAUUAGUCAUUAAAAUGCCCAACAGGAAGAAAACAUUAGCCAUCGUCAGAUCUCAAACUCUCACUGAACUGUUUUUUUUUUCUGAAGAAAGGGAAGAUUAGACAUGUGUGCUCCUCCAACAGUUCUUAGUGAUUGUUGUUUGAAUUUUUAUUUGUAAGUUUUCUUGUAUGCAAGGAAAUUUCUUAGUCAUUGAUGUAAUUUUGUUGUACCAUGUCUGAUUUGUUUGUGAGGUGUAUUUGUAAAUACAAUAACAUGAUCAUUAAAGUUUUUUUCUAUAA